AUGGAUCCUCUGUCCAUCGCUGCGUCUGCUGCCGCGUUAGCAGGGUCUGCUGCAGGUCUGUCAGUAUGGCUCUAUGAACUGGUCAAUAAUAUCAAAAAUGUCGACAGCAAACUUUCCGACCUCUCCAAGGAGGUAGCACAGCUUUCCGGAUUGCUUACUUCUGUUGAGAAGACAGUCAAGCAAUGUCAGACCCAGGCCUUGACGCUGGCACACCUUGAUCAGCACAUGUGGGAGCAGAUCGAAAACACACUGGCAGAUUGUCAAUCCAACAUUGACGGCCUCGAUCGCCUGCUCAUUAAGCUUAGCAAUGAAUAUGACACUGAAGGCAAAAUAUUUUCUCGGCUUUUGAAGAAGCCUAGUAUGCACUUUCAUUUUACGAUUCACAAAGAUGAGGUUCAAGACUACACGAACAAAAUCGUCAAGUCAAAUUGCGCCAUGCAGACGACCUUGGCAGUGGUGAGCGUUUCUCUCAAUUUCAGAGCCAAUGUUUCACAGGAGAGUUUGUUUCAGGAGCUACACAAGCUCAAAGGACUUGUCGAAGAGUCUCUUCGAACGGCUAAUCGACAGGAGAUUAUUUCAGACCCAAGUUCUGCUCGCCAAAGCAGAAACCUCGAAAGACUCGCGAAGGCUGCCAAGAAGUUCCACACAAACGCAAGCUCAACCGCCAGCACUUGUUACGCACCGGAACGCAGGUCAUCUUCAGCUUGGGGAGGUAGUGAAAUUGGAAGUUUGUCUGAUCUUCAAAGAGAGCGAAUCGAGCGAUGGAAUGAUUCAAACGAGCUUGCAACCGUGGACGAGUCCACCGAGGACAGCAUGACCGAAGCAACCGGUUCUGGGCAUGGAGACACGUCGACGACUUUCACAGUACCCGAUGAUGAAGACCGAUCUCAAAACCAUGACAAGCAAGCCGAGCAGCCCAUUAUCGAAGAAGAUGACAGUGACGAUGAGUCCGACGUUGAUCUCGACUUUCUGCGCAACUUUGAAGAGCUGGCAUAUGCUAGCUUUGUCUCGCAGAACUACAGCAAGGCAGAGCAAUGUCUGAGAAUGGCUGUAGAGCGUUCGACCGGAGAUUUUACUGGGGACUCUAAUUUCAAGCAACUCAAGAUGCAGUUAGCGUUGUGCUGCUGCCUUCAGGAGAAAUGGGAUCAUGCGACUGGUAUCAUCACCUCCUUGCCCAAGGCCAAAUCGGCGGAUAAUCUUCCAGUUUUGGAUCUUUUACAAGCAAUUGCGAUCGCCAAUAUGAACGGUGGUCGGCUGGACGAUGCGUUUAAUACCUGCAAGACGGUAUUGCAAGGGAAGAAAAAGGUUUUCGGCCGGCGCAGCCCUCAGUAUCAUGAAUGCCUGUGGCUUUUCGCGACCAUUUACGACAAAAGAGGACAUGCUUUGGAAGCCGAGGCUGUACGACAUUCAUUGCCUAGAGGAUGGAAACCGGCAAACGAGGAAGUUCUCAGUUCUCCCACAAAGUACCUCCUUGGCCACGAAACCUUGGUCCGAUCAAUUUUCUCGAUUCGAGACGAAGAGCAUCUUGAUUUUUCCCAACAAGCAGAUCGUGACCAACUUGAAGGAGUGGAACCUAUCAGGAGUUUGGAGCCAGACUCCGAGGUGAUAUACUCGGGCCACUGGAAGACACUCGUACCGAAAGAGGCUCAGACGGGUCUUCGAAGGGCGGAACAAGAGGACAGGAGAGGUGUGCAGAUUGAAGAGACUGACACAGGCAAAGAGUUCGUCGUACAGAGUGUUCCUGGCAUUACGUUUCAUCUCCUACCGACGCAGAGUUCGAGCAAUGAAGCUGGCUUUCUUGGUUACGCCUAUCCGCCGGUAACACCUCCGGACAUGACACUACACGAAAACUUGACUCAAGAUCACAUCCACCCUACGUCAAGGGAUUCCCCAGCUAUGCAAAUGCCUCUUCAGGAGCAGUCUCUUAAUUAUUUGAGGGCGCCUCAAAGCACACUACCUCAGCGCCCAAUAUCCCCUAAGAAACAUGGGAUAAGCAGGUCUGUCGAUCUAGACGUAGAGAAAGCAGGUCCUUCUUCAGGCUCUUCGGGAGUACCACCAUCGAUACCGUUAAGAAGUGCGUCGCAACGCGUGUCCUCCACAAAGACGCCAUUUACCGAGCAUCUAAACGAACUCUCAAGAAGCCACACGCAACGUUACAGGCCCGUUCGUCGAGAAGAAGUAGUACCCGAGCCGUUGCUCGAUUUCCAGCAGUUUAAGAGGCAGAAUAGGGGAUACGAUGAGAAAGGGAAGGCUGUCGCGGGUGCCUCGACGGAUCUCGGUCUGAAACCGACAAAGUCUAUCAACCGACCCCUUGGCCACACUCGCCUGAUCGCGAAAGUGGAACAAGCACAAGCACGGUCGAAUAGCGUGAGACGGAGACCGGGUAAUUUGGCGCCCUUGGAGGAGCACUCGCCCAGUCGCCCAACGUACAUUGAGGAGGCUGCCGGGGAGCUGGGGGAGGAGGCCUACUCGACUCUGGAGGUGUUGCCCAUUAGUUCGCCUAAUCAAGAACACAGCAACUGGCCAGGCCCUUUCUCGCCAACAUGGGGCUCAACGCAGCAGAUUCGAAGAAUCAAGUCAUACAACGAGAUACAGUUCAUGGAUACUCCUCGGAUGCGUUGGACGGUACAGAAAGAUAUUUGCAACAUUGGCGAAGCGAGACCAGCGUCGCAGCUAUUUUCCCUCAAAAAGUUUACCCCCAACCCUGGGGCAUGUUUCGUAGGGAUAUCGAGUUGCGUCAAGUCUACUAGUUCUCUAGCAUUGAGUAUGGGUGGCAGUGGCACAACAAUCUGUCAGCUACAAGCACAAACGAAGCCAGAUGUUGUGCCUCAAACUCCAACACUUGGCAUGAGAGACCUUUUCCGGAGAGCAAAUCUCUACAGCCGCAAGGAAUCCCCUCUCACGGACGAUUCUGGAUACACGGUUCACCUGGCUGCUCCUCGCGACUGGGCUAAUGACUACCCUAUAAGCAACACCACGACUCAAAAGGCGCAGCUAAUUGGUGACAAGAAGGAGCUCCUCGCUGAUUGCUCCUCAAUAACUCGACGAUUCGAAUCCGAAAUCGCCCGCAUCGUAUGUCGCGAGCAGAUGUUGUCACCUUUUGGAGCGACUUCUUCUUUGAGAAUAGACAUGGAGGGCCUUGUCUACGCUCUUCCCGAUUUCCUGAUCCGUAUGCUGUGGGACUCGUAUACCGGGGAAUUGGAAAAGUCUACGCUCAUGCAGCAUGCGAAGGUCAUCCCCCAGUCCCAUGCGAUUGUCCAAUAUUACCUCGACUCGGGAGAACUCUAUCCUGAAUCUGACGGGUUAAGUUCCAAUGUAUUGGUCCUCAACUGUGAUGAAAAGUUGGUGGAAUGUAUACCGUAUUUUCUGGAUGCCAUCUCACCAGACUACGCCGAGAUGGGAGAGUCUGUGGCCUGCUACAUGGCCGAAUUGGCUGGGUCUAAUCACGCGCAAGCCCAGUUUGCAAAGCUUGUGGCCGAGCAGCUCAAGCUCACCGUCCGCGAGAUGCGCCGCAGACUUGACGACUCGGCCGUCGAGGAUAUCAUUCAGUCGUGCUGCGAUCAAUUCCAGCAGAAAAUCCUCCCUGAGUUCGACAACGAUGGACGUGAAUGGAAGGUCGAGUUCGAGAUGCCAUCAGGCAUACCCGGACUUCAGCAGGGACGCCUAAAGUUCACCAGCGCCGAAAUAUGGCGCUGCUUCAUGCCCAGCGUGGCGAUGAUUGAGGAGAUGCUUGAAGCGACUGCCCAUAAGAUCUCCAGGAUGGAUGUAGAAGUUUCGCAUGUUCUUCUAGCCGGUCCAUACUCGAAGUCAAAGUAUCUGCGUCGACAGCUUGAGAAUAAGCUAUCCUACCUCAGGCGGGAGGGUAAAGGUGCAUUCAAGUUGUGCCAUUCUUCAGAAGGUGAUGACAUAUGUGUUCUUGGCGCGUUAUCUCAUGCGAUAGGAAGUUGUCAGGGGCCGGAGCGGUCACAGCCUUGA